AGUUUCAAAGUGCCCAGCCAAUUUGGUUUAACCAAAUGUGGCACACCAAGCCUCCAGCGUGGGAGGUUUGCUGGGAUUUUGCCGACCGCCAAAAGCAAGAAACAUGGCAGGACGGUUACAAUGCUUACGGAUAUGAGGCAACCACAGAGGUUCUUCCACCCUGGCAACCCUGGGCGAACAACUACGACUGGACGAUGCAAACGCCAUACGUUGGGCCAGGACAGUCCUGGCAAUACUUGCAGCAAUCACGGCUAGAAAUGCAAGCGCGGCUGCAAAUGCAGGCUGCCACAGGGAGUACCAUGCAGCCACAGGGACCUGAUUCUCUUGCUCUGCCCCCAUCGCUCGAAAGACGAUUGCAAGAACGACAAAGCCAAGCGCCCAAGGCCUCGAAGGCCAAGGCGGUGGAAGCUGCGGUGCCUGCGGUGCCUCCACCCGGCAAGGACUUCAGUGGCUCGAUCAAGUCGUUGAGUGAUCGGCACGGUUAUGGAUUUAUCGCCUGUGACGAAGUGCACAGGAUGUAUGGUCGUGACACCUACCUGCCACAGGAAAUGAUUCCAGAAGGAACCAAGGUUCAGGAUAGUGUGGUUUUCAGAAUUGGAUUGAGCAAGAAAGGCCAUCCUCAAGUCAUCCAAGUGAAACAUAUUGUGCCAUGUUGAUUCACAGUGAAAGCAAAUGAGAGCUUGGACAUGCCAAGCUGAUAAUGUCCAGCUGGACGGUGUGCAUCUGAUCAUGAUCUGAAGCCAUCCAUGGGUUUCUGGCUGCUGUUUGUU